AUGGCCUCAAUUUCACUCUUGAAUCCAAAAGCUGAGUUUGCGAAGGCUCAAAAUGCCUUUCGGAUCAAUACUACGGCUGCUCGUGGGCUGUAUGAGGUGCUAAAGACAAACCUUGGACCAAAGGGUACUAUGAAGAUGCUGGUUUCAGGCGCUGGCGACAUAAAGAUCACAAAGGAUGGGAAUGUCCUCCUUCAUGAAAUGCAAAUCCAACACCCCACGGCAAGCUUAAUUGCUAGGGUUGCCACUUCUCAAGAUGACUCCACGGGUGAUGGGACCACAUCAGUUGUCAUCCUAAUUGCUGAGCUCUUAAAACAGGCUGAGCUUCUCAUUAGUGAGGGUCUCCAUCCCAGACUUGUCACAGAAGGUUUUGAUCUUGCCAGGGAAAAGUGCAUAGAGUUUCUCGAUGAAUGCAGAGUUGAUGUCGCCUCGGAUAUGCCCGAAAAAGCCACCCUCCUUGCCAUCGCUGGCACUUCCUUGCGUACAAAGCUCCACCCAGACUUGGCGGACCAUCUUGUAGAACCGGUUGUCGACGCUGUCCUUGCCAUUAAGCAGCCUGACGAAGAGCUUGAUCUUCAUCGGAUAGAGAUCAUGGAGAUGCGCCAUAAAACAGAUAUGGAUACUACCCUUAUUAGAGGUCUUGUGAUGGACCAUGGUGGGAGACAUCCUGACAUGCCGAAAAGGGUCACGAACGCCUACAUUCUUACCUGUAAUGUUUCAUUGGAGUAUGAAAAGACCGAAAUCAACUCUGGGUUCUUUUAUAAGACUGCUGAGGAACGCGAAAAAUUGGUCAAGUCCGAGCGCGAGUUUAUUGACAAACGUGUGCAAGCUAUCAUUGAGUUGAAGCGAAAAAUGUGCGAUAUUGAUGCUGGCAAGGGUGACUCAAAACCAGGAUUUGUUGUGAUGAAUCAGAAGGGCAUUGAUCCCAUCUCUCUCGACGCCCUCGCUCGGGAGGGUAUCUUGGCUCUUCGUCGAGCUAAGCGUCGCAACAUGGAACGUUUAGCUCUAGCCUGUGGUGGCUAUGCAGUUAAUUCCCUAAACGAUCUCGUCCCUGAUUGUUUGGGCUAUGCCGGCCUUGUCUACGAAUAUGUUUUGGGUGAGGAAAAGUAUACAUUUGUCGAGGAGUGCAAGAAUCCACAAUCGGUUACUCUCCUCGUCAAAGGCCCUAACAAGUACACCAUAACGCAAAUCAGGGAUGCGCUCAAGGAUGGUCUCCGUUCUGUGAAGAAUACUUUUAAUGACGGCUGCGUCGUACCUGGAGCUGGCGCUUUUGAGGUUGUGGCUCAUCGAGGCCUGAAGAAAUUCGAGGACACCGUGAAGGGUCGUGCUCGCCUAGGUGUUAGGGCAUUCGCUGAUGCGCUGCUCAUCAUUCCGAAAGUUCUAGCCGCAAACUCCGGUCACGAUCCUCAGGAAACCAUUGUGAAGCUGCUGGAAGAGGCUUCUCAGGUGGAAAAGCGCAAAGGCACUUCAAAACAGCUGGUGGGUUUAGAUUUGGCCACUGGCGAGGUUAUGGAACCUGUCGGCGCUGGAAUUUUGGAUAAUUAUAACGUCAAGAAGCAGAUGGUUGGAUCUGCGGCUGUUAUCGCUACCAAUCUCCUACUCGUUGACGAAAUUAUGCGCGCGGGUCUGAGUUCGCUCAAGGGUUGA